AUGCCAAUUCUUUUCUCACAAGAGCUGCUCAUCUCCGUAGUGGUUGUGCUGCUUGUUCCCCUCUACCUGUACCUCAGGGCUAGUUGUAGAUCAAAGAACCCAGCAGUGCUCCCAACAAACUGGCCAAUACUGCACAUGUUCCCUUCCUUAGUGGCCAACAUCCACAACAUCCAUGACUAUGGCACCCUGGUCUUCGCUGGAUCAGGCCACAACUUCAGGGCGCACAGCCCACCCGGGACUGGAAUGCGAUUCUUCGUCACAUGCGACCCUAGGAACGUUCGACACAUCUUUACAACCAACUACACCAAUUUCCCCAAGGGCGCGGAGUUCGCUGCUAUCUUCGACAUCAUGGGCGGCAGCCUCUUCACCAUCGACGGCGAGCCGUGUCCUAGGCAGCGUGCCAAAGUCAAGGGCGUGCUCAGCAAUCCACGGUUCGUUGCUAGGAUUGCGGCUUGUUGCCGUGACAAGGUGAAGAACAUCCUGCUCCCUUUAUUUACCCACAUGGCGAGCACCGGCACCCCGUUCGACAUGCAAGAAAUGAUGUCGAGGUUUAUGUUUGACCUGGCUGCUACGGCUCUCUUCAGCGUGGACCCGGGCCUCCUAUCCCCGGACAUGCCACCCAUGGACGCCGCAGUCGCCAUGGAUAUAGUCAUGGAGGUGGGUUUUCUCCGACACGUGAUGCCGGCUUCUUGCUGGAAGUUGAUGAAGCAGCUAAACAUCGGCCCUGAGAGAAAGCUUCGCAUGGCGCACAGGGUGCUACGAGUGUUCGUUGUGGAGAUGAUGAAGAGGAGGAAGAUCAACACAUGUCAUGUUGGUAACGACGAGGAACAAGAUGGUGUGGAUUUUGUGUCUUCGUUCCUCCAUGACCCUGAGUAUGCUGAUGAUGACUUGUUCCAUGCUAUGAUGAUUGGUUACAUGGUCGCUGCAAGGGAUACAGUUGGAACUACCCUUACAUGGUUCUUCUACAACCUCACCCAGAACCCUAAGAUCGUGCCAAUCAUCCGCAAUGAACUCUCACCCAUUGCAUCAAACAAAGUAGCGUCUAGGGUAGGUGCCAUGGUGAUCUUUGAACCGGACGAGACCAAAUCUCUAGUGUAUCUGAGAGCCGCCUUGUACGAGACUCUCAGGUUGUACCCACCGGCGCCAAUCGAGCGCAAGACGGUGUUCGGCGAUGAUAUCAUGCCAAGUGGCCACCAGGUGCAAGCCGGCGACACCAUCUUUAUUUCUCUUCACUCCAUGGGUAGAAUGGAGGGCUUGUGGGGUAAAGACUGCCUCGACUAUAACCCAGAUAGGUGGCUCUCGGAUGAUGGCAACAACCUGAAGUAUGUACCAUCUCACAAGUUUUUAGCCUUUAACUCAGGCCCGAGAAUGUGCCUCGGAAAGGACAUCGCUAUUAUGCAGAUGAAGACUGUCGUCGCCACAAUGGUGUGGAACUUCGAUGUGCAAGCAGUGGAAGGGCAGAGCAUUCAACCCAAGCCGUCUUGUAUACUGGAGAUGAAGAAUGGGCUCAUGGUUAAACUGAAGAAGCGAGAAAUUUAA